AUGGUGGUUAGACGAUUUCUAACUCAAAAAGAAUUGGAAGAUGAAUUAGAAGCUGCUGUUGCAGAUUUGGAACAUGAUGUCAUCCUUGAUGCAGUUUAUGUUCCACCAAACGUUGACUAUUUGACAGAUGAAGAAGGUAUUGACAGCGAAACAAUCGGUCCGGAAAAUCAACCCACGAGUUCUGACAUUGCUGGGACAUUCGAGCUGCACAAUCUUGAACAGCACUUUGAAGAUGAGUCAGCACUUGAUUCAUCAGACGAAGUACUUUUAUCUGAUAAACGACAGAAGUUGUUAGAUCAGUUACCCAAGAACAAUACGUCCAAAGUACAGUGGAGAAAAAAGAAUAUUGCGUACACUCAUUCGCCUGUUUCUAUUGAGAUCGAAGAUAUUCAAACUAUUAGGGAUCAAUUAGCUGUAAAACUUGCAAAAAGAUACAACAGAAAAGAAAAGAAAGAAAUACAAAUUUCACAACCCAACGUGAUUGCUGAAUAUAAUAAAUCAAUGGGUGGUGUGGACCUACACGACAAUGGGAUUGCUAAUUACAGAUGUCGGAAUAAAAAUAUCCCAAAUAAUUCCCAGCAGCAGUCACAACAUGUUGUCAGCACCGUCAUAGCCACAACAUGGCCACAACUACUCGACUGCGCAGGCUUCAAGGAUGCACAAAAUGUAGCUGAUCUUUUGGAUAUUUAG